UCUGUAAACCGCAGCGUUUAUCUGGGGGUUAUUUUUUGAUCAUUUGUGCUGCCCUCAAGGUGACAACUUGGCUCGGCAUGCAAGUCGCAGGUGUUUUUUAUUGAGGGAAGGUCUUGCUGAUUGUUAUUUUUUAAAACCGUCGACACUGAACUAUGAAACUCGUGUUUAGUUGACCCAUUUCACGUUUUCACGAGCUCUGUUCCAGUGUGAUAUUCUCAUCCUGAUUCGUAAUCCCCUUUCCUGGUGAUAACUCAUGACCUCGCAUCCCCUUGUCCUGAUGAUUCGAUGAUAUGGGAGAGUGGUGGACAACUGAGACAUCUAUGGAAAACUAUGAAAUCUCCAGCAUAUCACAUGUGACGAUGUCCCCGUCGAGACAGAACAACCUUGUGUCGGUUUACUCUUCGCCCUUGUCCAAAAGCUCCUACAGUGUGAUAAGUGCUUUUUGCACAGAGGAUAAUGUUCUUCAGUGCAUAUCAUACGUCAAUCAGGAGCUGGCCUCCCUAGGCCUCUCCACGUGUAUUGAGGCCAGCACAUCAGGGGGAGCCACUCUGAAUGCAGUCCAUGCUCUCAAUGUCGUGUACGACUUGCUACAGAUUCACAGACGGAAUAUGUGUAAUUUAGAGGAGUUGGAGACAGAAAAGUUGAAGAAGUCCAGCACUUUGGAGCACAUGCAGAUGAGCAAUUCCAGACUCAAGGACCAGUUGGAACUGUCCAUAAGGGAGAAGUCGGGUCUACAUGAGACGGAAAGACAGCUGCUGCUCAAAAUUAAGACUUUGCAGAGCUGCUUAAAAACAGAAAAAGAUGAGGUUCAGAAACUCCAGAGUAUCAUUGCCAGCCGUGCCUCUCAGUACAGUCAUGAUGCCAAAAGGAAGGAGAGAGAAACUGCAAAGCUGAAGGAACGGCUCAGCCAGCUACUGGUGGACAGAAAAGAUAAGAAAUUAGCCAUCGAAGUUCUGAAUUGCUUGGGACGGUCAGAUGGAAAAAGGAGCCAUUGGAAGACUACAAAAACAACAGCCAGCCAUGAGAGUGAGAUGUACAAAUCCCUGCUUGGUGACUAUGAGGCGAGUCAGAGAGCCCUCAUGCUUGAGAAUGCUGAGCUGAAAAAGGUCCUCCAGCAGAUGAAGAAGGAGAUGGUGCAUAUCUUGAGUCCGCGUGAGUCCUCGACUAGAGGAGCCACUGCUCGUGACAGCCAGGAGCAGGGUGACUCAGAUGGGGAGGAGAAAACCGGGGACAGCAGCAGGGAAACUCUUGACCAAUCCUGUGAGCAUGCCAGGGAGCAGCUCACCAACAGCAUCCGGCAGCAGUGGAGGAAACUGAGGAACCACGUGGAGAAACUGGACAACAAAGCCUCUCAAGUACAGAGUCAGCAGGAGUCUAACAAAGAGGUGAUACCCUUAGAGACCCAUGAGGAUGAGAUGGAGAAGAUGAGGCGUGAAGUCCAGCAGUGCAAGGAGUUCAUUCAUGCACAGCAGCAGCUCCUCCAGCAACAAUUAAACACAUCAUUUGAUGAUGAGACAGCAGCUCUUCUGAAUGACUGCUACACGCUGGAGGAGAAAGAACGCCUCAAAGAGGAAUGGAGGCUCUUUGAGGAGCAGAAGAAAAACUUUGAGAGGGAGAGAAACAACUUCACAGAGGCAGCUAUUCGCCUGGGUCGAGAGAAAAAGGCCUUUGAGGAGGACCGUGCUGUUUGGCUCAAGCAUCAAUUUUUGAACAUUACUCCCUUUACAGAUCGUAGACGUUCCUCAUCCGAUGGUCAAAGUGCCUUAUCAAUCAGAAGUGAGCCAGAGCGCAGGGUUUCCUCAGCUAAAGCUCAGCUGGCCAGAUCACCAAAUUACACUACAUUUUCCACUCCAAAACCUUCACGUGCCGCUGUGUCAUCAACUGAACUCUACCGGACACUCCGACUGAUACCGGACAUCAGUUCAUCAAGGCAAUCGAGACAAAGACGCUGUCUAUCUAGCAGCACCGAAGAUGGAGAUACUCACAUCAAGUCAAAAAGCAGGGUUUACUGUAGUGACUUUAGUAUUUUCUCAUUGGGUGAAGAUGAGAACAGUCUCAAGUAAAGUCACUCCUGUGCCUUUUUUUUUUUUUUUUUUUUUUAAUUUCCUACCCAAAUACUGGACUUGAGCAUAAACAAAUGGCUCCCUCAGCAAUAUAUUUCUAUUUCAUGGAUAAGCGUAGAUCAUUCUUCAAAUGUGAUCAAAUAAGAAAGCACUUUAAUGAGUCUGCCAUUGCUCUUCUUUCUUAUCAACACUGACAUUUCUUAUUUUAAGCUAUACACAUCAACUAAGAAGUGAUUUUAACGUUGUAUUUUGAAAAUCCUUUAUACACGUUGAUGAAUUGAUACUUUGUUUACACCAUUUAGAAAUAUAAAUUAUAGGAUUUAAAUUGAAAGGUAUAUUUAUGAGAUGAAGAAUUAAGUUUUUGUA